AUGCAAACAUUUUCAAGCCGAACUUCUUCCAUGAUUAUGGAUCCACUCAGUCGUGUCGUUGUGUUAACAGCUGGCAUUUUUAGUAUAAUCGCUUUGAUUCUAUCGAUCGUUGGUACAGCUACAAUUUCUUGGUUUUAUGAUCAAGAUUCAACUGGUGGCACACUCUAUUAUAAUUUUUUUACACAAUGUACGGGUAAUGUACUAAAUUCAACGUCAACCUGUAUUGAUAUGCAACGUAACAGUAUACUUGGCAUUGGUACCGAACAUGCAGCUGGACUUCUUGUUGUUGCUAUUUGUCUACUCGGCAUGGGAAUGAUAAUUCUUCUAUCUAUGAAUUGUAUUCAAUUAACUGGCGUAUUAGGUUUUCUUCCGGCGACGAUUCUUUUUCUUGCGGCUCUUUUUAUGUUGGCAGCUCUUGCCGAAGGUUCACGUGUGACUACAUACAAUAGUUAUAGUGCUAAUCUUGUUGAAACCGGACAUUUACUUACGAUAUUUUGCAUGGGUUUAGCGGCUUUUGCUGGUGGACGAUUACAUGCUCGAUAUUUUGGAUUAUGA